AAAUAACACUGUCAAAGCACAGAAGAAUAUGCCUCUGAGGCAAAUUUAUGGCUUCCGUCCCUUCUGUGCCCCUUUACUAUAACCGCCACAACGAAACAUCUUUGCAAGGAGAAGAUACAACUCCUACAGUUUGUAAUAUACACAGAAGUGAUGGAGCUAAUCUAAGUUGACUCAAAAAAGUGAAGAAAGAAUGAUAGAUAGAAGCAAACAUAUAAACAAAGAAAAGAAAACACUGCUUAAAAUAGUGUGUUGUUAUAGAGUUGGGUGCAAACACAAUCAUCACAUCAGUUCCACUCAAAAAUAAACAGCACCUUGAAGGAAGACAUGAAUGGCACAGCCAUAGAAAAUUUUAUCUGUGUGAUAUAUAAUGUUUCCUUCAUGAACUGCACUUGGCAUGUGAGUAGGACAGUUCCAGGAGAUACCCAAUAUUUCUUGUACUGGAAGAGCUCACGGAAAGAAGAUUUCAUAGGAUGCCAGAAUUAUGUCAAAGAUAAUUGUGGAAGGCACACAGGAUGUAGAUUCCAAAAUGUGACAAUAGAAAAUAAGAAUGCUUAUUUCCUGGUAAAUGGAAGUGGACAAAAUAUUCAGUCCUACAAGAAUAUGAUUGCUCUGUACAAAAUUGAGAAGCUCACCCCUCCAUUAAAUAUCACUGUGGACUGUACAGGACUUUCUCAUAUUUGUGAAAUUAAAUGGCAACCACCUCGUACAAGUCAUGUGAAAAGAGACACUUGUUUCAAAUAUCAAGUGGUCAUAGAAAAGAAGGCUGAUCCUGAGAAAGGCAUCAAAGACACAUCUAAAAUGGAAACUAACAUCACUGGAAACUCCUACAUAUUUGACAGCUUCAGUGCAGAGAAAAGAUACAGCAUCAAAAUCAGAGCUACUGACAAUGGUUGCUUAGUGAGCAAAAACUGGGGAGAAUGGAGUACACCUGUAGAGUUUGGAGGAGAACAACUUAUGUCUACUUCAUCAUAUGUGCUACUUUUGGUAUCAGGACUGGCAGCAAGUUUCGUAUUUUUUCUCUGUGCAGUAAACAUCUAUUUGAAAAUAGUACCUGCUAGAGUACUACAGCCAAAAGACCCAUUCCAUGAGAUCGCUCCAAUGAAUUUCCAGACAGAAUAUGAGAAUCAAUUAAUAAAGCAUGAAACUGAAGAAAUAACCAUUAUUGAAGAAGUGGCAUAAUGGCAUGCAAAUGAAGAGAGUUGGACUUUUUUAUUUUUCUUUUUGUUUUCACAUGAACAAUUAUGUAUCUUGUUGGCAAUAAUUUACAGGUUUUUCAUAUUGUCCCUCUUGUAAGCAGAGAUAACAGCUUUGCCUGUAGAGGCAGCUCCUUAGCAACCAGUUUUUGAAAAACUCUUUGUAUUUGCUUGCAUUUUCCAAAAAUAUUUUCAGUUGUAUGGAC